GACACUUAACCAAAUGAAUGAGUUAACAGGCGUUAAAGAGAAAGUUUGCAACACAUUUGUUUGCAUAAAUUUCAACGUUUUUUACCUUUGCUACUAUUCCCUGCCUUUGAAUUGCAAGGGAUGAACAUGAUUGUAUGCAGCGCAUGCAGCUGUAAUUAUUUAGCUGUCGCUUCUUAUAAUGAAUUGUAACCGCUGCGCCAGAAUCCAAACCUUCGAAAUACAACAUUUCGGAAAAUAGCGCGCGAGAGUGACCCACGUUUUGCGUGUCUACUGUUCGCCGUCUAUUUUUUGUAAUUUACAUGUGAUUCAAGACACUAUGUGGUAGCUAUAAAUCACCACGAACUUCACAUACAGAAGUUUGCUUGUUUCUGCCACGAUUGGUUCGCUAAGAAUUAUUUAAAAUUGUGAUCAGUGGAAGUUCAAUUUUGAGACAAAAUGAGUGCUUCUGUUGACAAGGAAGCCUUUUAUCGACGUGCGGGAAGAAUUUAUACAGGAUGGAAGAAUGUGCAAAACAAUGAAGAUGGCUUUGGCAAGAUGGAUGCACUGGUCACUGCAGUGGGAGCAGAUGAAGAUGUAGUGUACACGAAGUCCACGGCCACUCAGACCUGGCUGCUCGGCUAUGAACUCACAGACACUGUCAUGGUCAUGUGUGACCAGGCCAUCUACUUCCUGGCCAGCAAGAAGAAAAUUGAGUUCCUCAAGAAGCUAGAAAACAGCAAGGAUGAGAACAGUUCACUCCCUCCUGUCAAGCUGCUUGUCAGGGACAAGACGGAUAAAGAUAAAGCAAACUUCUCCAAGCUGCUAGAUGCCAUCAGGGGAAGUAAGAAAGGCAAAGUGAUUGGAGUUUACUCCAAGGACAAGUUUCCUGGAGAAUUCAAUGAAGGUUGGAGGGCUGCUCUGAAAGAAGCCAACUUUGAAACCAUUGAUGUCAGUGCCACGAUGGCAUUCAUCAUGUCGAUGAAGGAGGAGUCUGAGCUGAAGAUCAUCAAGCGUGCCUGUGACAUCACCGUGGACGUGUUUGGGAAGUACCUGAAGGACCAGGUGAUGGAGAUCAUCGAUGCUGAUAAGAAAGUCCGUCACGCCAAGCUGGCCGAGGAGGUGGAGAAGGCGCUCACCAACAAAAAGUACAUCCCGAGCAGCGUGGACGUGAACCAUGUGGAGAGCUGCUACCCGGCCAUCAUCCAGAGCGGCGGCAACUACAGUCUCAAGUUCUCCGUGGUCAGUGACAAGAACGUGCUGCACUUUGGUGCCAUCAUCUGCUCACUGGGCGCGCGCUACAAGUCGUACUGCUCUAACAUCGUCCGCACGCUGCUGGUGAACCCGACGCAGAAGAUCCAGGACAACUACAGCUUCCUGCUGUCGGUGGAGGAGCACCUGCUCGCCCAGCUCGUGCCCGGAAAACGCAUCAACGAGGCCUACGACCAGACGGUGGCCUUUGUGAAGAAGGAGCGGCCAGAGCUGGUGGACAAACUCACCAAAACGCUCGGGUUCGCGACGGGGAUCGAAUUCCGUGAGGGCUCUUUGGUGAUCAGUUCAAAGAACACCACCCCGAUGAAGAAGGGCAUGGUGUUCAACGUGGCUGUGGGCUUCUCCGAUCUGGCCAACAAGGACUCGGACGACGCCAAGUUCAGCAAGUACAGCCUCUUCCUCGGCGACACGGUCGUCGUCCAGGAGUCGGGACCGGCCAGCGUGCUCACCAUCAGCAAGAAGAAGGUGAAGAACAUCGGUAUUUUCCUCAAGGACGAGGAUGAGGAGGACGAAGAGGAGCCGGAGCGGCCCGUCGAGGAGGCCAAGCCCGAGAUGUUCGGCCGCGGCAAACGAUCGGCGGUCAUUGAGAACAAACUGCGCCAAGACCAGACGGCGGAGGAGAAGCGCCGACAGCACCAGAAGGAGCUGGCCGAUCAGCUCAAUAAGGAGGCUCUCGAGAGGAUCGCCGAGGGCAAGGGCUUCAAGGUGCAGGAAAAGAAGAAAAAGAGCGAAAUCUCCUACCGCAAGACGAGCGAGGUGCCGCGAGAGCCAGAGAUCAAGGAGAACAGAAUCUUCGUCGACAAGAAGUACGAGACGAUCAUUCUGCCGGUGUACGGCAUCCCGACGCCGUUCCACAUUGCCACCGUGAAGAACAUCUCCCAGUCAGUGGAGGGCGACUACACCUACCUGCGAAUCAACUUCUUCUGUCCCGGCUCGGCCAUGGGCAAGGAGAACAUGCAGUACCCCAACCCGGAGGCCGUCUUCCUCAAGGAAGUCACGUUCCGCGCCACGAACAAGAAGGAGCCGGGUGAGCUGUCGGCGCCCUCCUCCAACCUCAACACCGCCUUCCGGCUCAUCAAGGAGGUGCAGAAGAAGUUCAAGACGCGCGAGGCCGAGGAGAAGAUCAAGUCGGACCUGGUGCAGCAGGACACGCUCAUUGUGUCUGCCAACAAGGGCAACCCCAAGCUGAAGGAUCUCUACAUGCGGCCCACCAUCGUCCAGAAGCGCAUGACGGGCUCGCUGGAGGCACACUCGAACGGUUUCCGCUACACGUCCAUCCGCGGCGACAAGGUUGACGUGCUGUACAACAACAUCCGGGCUGCCUUCUUCCAGCCGUGCGACAGCGAGAUGAUCAUCCUGCUGCACUUCCAUCUCAAGAACGCCAUCAUGUUCGGCAAGAAGAAGCAGCUGGACGUGCAGUUCUACACGGAGGUGGGAGAGAUCACCACCGACCUGGGAAAACACCAGCACAUGCACGACCGAGACGACAUGGCUGCCGAACAGGCCGAGCGCGAGCUGCGACACAAACUGAAGUCCGCCUUCAAAAACUUCACCGAAAAGGUAGAGGCGAUGACAAAGGGCAAGGUGGACUUUGACACGCCGUUCCGGGACCUGGGCUUCUUCGGCGCGCCGUUCCGGUCCACGGUACUGCUGCAGCCCACCUCCAACGCGCUCGUCUCGCUCAUUGACUGGCCGCCAUUCGUCAUCAUCCUGGACAGCAUAGAGCUGGUGCACUUCGAGCGUGUCCAGUUCCACCUGAAGAGCUUCGACAUCGUCUUCGUCUUCAAGGACUACACGAAGAAGACGUCUCACAUCAACUCGGUGCCCAUGAACCAGCUGGACCACGUCAAGGACUGGCUCAACUCGUGCGACAUCCGAUACACGGAGGGCAUCCAGUCGCUCAACUGGACGAAAAUCAUGAAGACGAUCGUGGACGACCCGGAGGGCUUUUUCGAGGACGGCGGCUGGAGCUUCCUGGACCCGGAGUCUGGCAGUGAGGAGGAGGGAGACGACGAGGAGGAGGAGGACGAGUUCAAGCCGAGCGAUGACGAGGUCAACUCGAACGAGGAGUCCGAAUACUCGGACGAGGACUCCGAGUCCGAAUACUCUGAGGACAUGUCGGAGUCGGGCGGCGGAUCCGACGCGGAGGGAUCCGAGGAGGAGUCGGGCAAGGACUGGUCCGAGCUGGAGGAGGAGGCGCGCGAGGCCGACCGCGAGCGCAGCGAGUUCGAGGACGAGUACACCUCCAAAAAGAAGGCGGGCAUGUCUCGCAAGGAGCGCGACCGCGCCAGCCACCACAGCAGCUCGAGCAAGAGCAAGUCGUCUAGCAAGCACCACAAGUCGCCUGACAAGCACCACAAAUCGCCCAGCAAGCACGGCAGCAGCAGCAAGUCGCCCAGCAAGCACCACAAGUCCAGCAGCAAGGACAAAUCUCCCUCCAAGAGCUCGAGCAGCAAGCGCGGCCGGGAUGACAGCGGGGACCGGCACAAGUCCAAAAAGGCCAGACGAUGAGCGGCCGUACCUGGGGGAUGUCUGUCGGACUGUACUGUGUACUGUCUACCGUGCUCCACCUCCGGCGCACGGCGAGCCUCGUCGGCUACAGCUGCCGGUCGGGAUAGGUGGAGCUGCCGCCGCACUACGAGGGCUAGACUGUGGCGUGUGAACGUGCACGUGCGAGCUGUGUGAGACGACUGUGAGACGACUGUGAGAGAAAUGUGAGACUGUCUGCGCGUGCGUCGUUCGCGGAGGACCGUCGCCGCGCUGUGUUAGGGACGCGGCCGGAGGACUGUUAGUGUGCGCGUUGAAGGAUGUUUCGUGUCCGUACCUGGAGCUCCGAGGCGAUCGUUUGGUAAAACGUUUCGGCUGCUCGCCGCUGUCCGCGCCUCGAGAUCACACGUCUGCUGUUCAAGUGACGUCACAGACCGACCGGGAGUGACGCCACAUCGGUGCUGAUCGCUCGGCGCUACCGCUGGGUCACGGAAGCAGACGCGGCCGUGUGCGUGUGGCGACGCCGCUCGUUAUCUCAAAGGGUCCGUGUUGGCUCGUGUGCUGCUGUCCGGUCCCGAUGGACUAUGUGUGUAAUCGGCGGCGUGGUCCGAUCCGGCCUGACCAGAUGCGCAUUUUCCGGCGCCACCCCAGCCGCUGUGUCUUCACCUGUACUCAUCAUUCACGCCACGCCCUUCAUGUCAGCGGCCAAUACACGAUCAGAAUUGUUA